AUGAUAACUAAGUUUAUUGGAAAAUAUUUAGGUACUUGCCUGAAAAGGAACACUUGUAACCAUUUGCUUCGACAAGUCAGAAUAAAUAUUUACAAAAAAUGCAACAACACUCACCCAAUUUCAAGAUCAUUCUCUACUUUUGAAAGUACUAGACCAUUAUUGCAAAAAUCAAUGUCUCUGAAACCUUCUCCGAACAAAGAACAGCAAAAAAUUGUGCAAGAUACGUUGAAGGAUAGUAAUACAAGUCUCAAUUCCUUUUCAAGUGAGAAAGAACCAGAAAAUGAAGAUUUACUUACCAGGUUACAUGAACAAUUAAUCAACGAAAUUAAUACCAAUUUAAAUCAUCCAACUUUUGCAGAAAAUCAGGUGGAUACAAUGGAAGUAUUUGAAAAAUUAUCAAAAGUUAAUUGGGUUAAUAAGGAAGAAAAAGAAGAAGGUAUGAAUAGAGAAAAACUUGCUAGAUUAAAUAUACAAAGGAAAGAAGCUUUGUUAACUGUACUUUUACAUUUACUAAAUGAUGAAUUUUAUUCGAGUUACAACGAUAAAUAUUUAAGAGAUUUGGAACUGGAUAAACAGAGUCAUUUGUUUAAUUCAUUAAGUAGUGAAAUUCAGUAUAUUAUCCAGAAUUCAAGAGAUAUCCAAUUAAAUAAUCAACACUUACAAAUAAUGAAAUUGAUUCGAGAUUUAGAUUCUAUUCAAGAUGAGAUUAAUGAAUUAACUAUCAAUGAUUUAAAGAAAGAUUGUCAACUCGCAUUCAAUAACCAAAAAUUCGAAAAUACGUUAUUAUACAAGAAUAUUAAUUUAGAGUUGAAUGAUUCUAGUAACAAGAUUACUAUUAAUAUCUUAGCUGGAAUAAGAUCUUCCAUUGAAAACUUUAGAUGGCAAACGACAAGGAGUGGCUUAUUAGCACUAUUGGUGCUGGUGUUUCUAAUAUUGACAGGAGUAAAUCAAUCAAAGAAGAAAGAAAAUAAUAACAAUAAUAACAAUAAUAACCACGAUAAUAUUAAUGGCGGUAAUCUUUUUGAUAACCAUAUCACGACAACUCCGAACUAUACAAAGGACAAUAAUGGUGAGCGGCAGCUGCAAGAUGAUGACUGCGAUGAACCAAAAUUAGCGUCUAAAUAA